GAGAGCAGAGAGAGACGGGAGAGAGGGAAAGAGAGCGCGCAGAGAGAGAGAGAGACAGCGCAGAGAGAACGCGCAGGGAAGGAGCGCAGGGCGAGCGCGCUGAGCUGUUGGGCGUCCUCGAAGCAGCCCCUCCCCAUGAAGAACAUCCAGACCCUGGAGGAAGGGCCGUGGAAGCGCUUGUGCUUGAAAGAGGUGACUGACAUCAAGAGGCUCAAGAGGAAAACCAAGGAGCCGGCCAGGCGCGCCAACGGCUCCAGCAAAAGUUUCCAGGUGGCCCACCGAGUCCCGGAGCCCUUGGCCAACGGGCUGAGGGCCCGGGCCGAGCGGGCCCUGCUGCCUCCGGGUCCCGGCCGGGAGCCCCCCGGCCCAGCCCCCCGCCCAGCCCCGCCUUUGGGGGAGCCCAGCCUGCAGGCCCGGAUUGUCCUGUGCCACCAGUAUCCUCAGCAUCCUCCUCCUCCUCAGCAUCCUCCUCCUCCUCAGCAUCCUCCUCCUCCUCAGCAUCCUCCUCCUCAGCAUCCUCCUCCUCCUCCUCCUCCUCAGCAUCCUCCUCCUCAGCAUCCUCCUCCUCCUCCUCCUCCUCAGCAUCCGCGUAAGGACCAGGCCGAGCACCCUGCCCAGCCGCCUCCCGGGCCUCCCCAGCGGCUCUCCGAAACUGCCUCCCCGCCGCUCUCCCACGGAACUUACAAUAACCAGCACGAUUCCUCCGCAUCGCCUAGGAAACGGCUGGGCGAAGCGUCGGGCGGCUCUUCAGAGAUCAAAGCCAUUCAGCAGACGAGGAGGCUGCUCGCUAACGCCAGGGAGAGAACCCGAGUGCAUACCAUUAGUGCAGCUUUUGAGGCGCUGAGGAAGCAGGUUCCCUGCUAUUCUUAUGGUCAAAAGUUGUCCAAACUGGCCAUCCUCAGGAUAGCCUGUAACUAUAUCCUUUCCCUGGCCAGGCUGGCUGACCUGGAUUACAGCGCCGACCACAGUAACCUGAGCUUUUCUGAGUGCGUGGAACAGUGUACCCGAACCUUGCAAGCAGAGGGAAGGUCUAAGAAACGGAAGGUGAGCACGGGGAGGAGUGGGGAUGGUGCUGAGGAAAUCAUCAUCAAACAGUGUGAAAGAGGAAACUCGGUGCCCCGUCCGGCCUUCCUCUCGAAAAGCGACGUGGCAAAACUGGAGGCCGUGAGCCUCCACAAGCAGGGCAGUCAAAGUGACCAUCCGGAUGCUUGGGGGAAAACCCCCAACCAGCUCCUGCAAGACAAUGACCCCUGUGUCGUUAGCCCCACGAGCAAAGGCUGUUGGGAUUGGAUGAUUCUUAUUUUGGUCGCUUUUUGGUUCGGAUUAGUCUUUCUGCCCGGCGAUCAUGCCGCUGAGUACAUGGACGCUAAGCCUGAGGCGAGCCUAUGGAGCGGCAAAGAUGUAGGACAAGUGUGUGCGUUAGCUGAAUCUGCGCUCUAUGACAAUGGGCAGUAG